AUCAACAGAGCUUCUAUAGACACCACCUUCUAUCCGCCUUCCUGUGUUCGAAGAACCGAAUAUAAAUAGCAAACUCCUAGCUAAGGUUAGAAUAUUGUCUUAUACUUAGCAGGAGGGAGAAAAUUUUUUGAGAUAAAAGUUGAGAUAGAAAAGCCAAGAUGAUGUUGCGAGUAAUGAGUCGAAGAGGAGCUUCCGUUUUGAGUCGUGUUAGAGUCAUUCGAUGUGUUUCAACGACAACUCCAACUCUAGUUCAAGAGGCAGACAAAAGCAAUGAAAAUAAGCAUUUCAGGUUUACCAGCAUUGAUGCAUUUAUGGAUUUUGUCAGUAAAAACAAUCCCGGAGAGUCAGAGUUCCAUCAAGCCGUCCACGAAGUGGUCACAUCAAUAUGGGACGUCUUGUCUGAGAACCCUUACUACAACCAACACAACAUUCUGGAGCGAAUCGUAGAACCUGAGAGAGUGGUGAUCUUUAGAGUACCAUGGAGGGACGACAAAGGAAAUAUUAAUGUCAAUAAAGGUUAUCGAGUGGAGUUCAAUUCAACCAUUGGUCCGUUCAAAGGUGGGCUGCGUUUUCACCCCUCUGUCAAUCUUGGCAUUUUAAAGUUCUUGGGUUUUGAACAGGUUUUUAAGAACAGUCUGACAACGCUUCCUCUAGGAGGAGGCAAGGGAGGAUCUGACUUUGAUCCUAAAGGAAAGAGCGACAACGAAGUGAUGAAUUUCUGCCAGUCAUUCAUGACGGAGUUACAACGUCAUAUUGGACCAAACACAGACGUCCCAGCUGGAGAUAUAGGCGUUGGAGGCCGAGAAAUUGGUUACAUGUUUGGCCAGUAUAAACGAAUACGUAACGAAUUUACAGGCGUUUUGACGGGCAAAGCUCAUGGAUGGGGAGGCAGUCUUUUGAGACCUGAAGCUACUGGUUAUGGCCUUGUGUACUUUACAGCUGAGAUGUUGGCUACCAAGGGAGAAAGCUUGAAGGGGAAGACAGUCACUGUGUCUGGAUCUGGUAACGUAGCACAGUUUGCAACAGAGAAAGUCAAGCAGAUGGGUGGUAGAGUCGUUACACUGUCUGACUCCUCAGGAACUGUCUAUGACCCAGAUGGUAUAGACAAAGAAAAACUAGCUUAUGUGUCGGAAUUAAAGAACGUCAAGAGAGGUCGAAUCAGUGAGUACGCCUUGAAGUAUGGCGUCAAGUUCUAUGAAGGUAAAAGGCCUUGGUUCAUUAAAUGUGACAUUGCACUUCCCUGCGCAACGCAGAAUGAAGUAGACGAAGAAGACGCACAAACGCUAGUUGAUAAUGGUUGCACUUGUGUAGCCGAAGGAGCCAACAUGCCAACUCUGCCAAAAGCGAUAGAAAUCUUCCAAAAAGCCAAGAUCUUAUAUGGGCCUGGAAAAGCAUCUAAUGCAGGUGGUGUGGCUGUAUCUGGAUUAGAAAUGAGCCAAAACAGUCUACGAAGUGCUUGGACACGCGAAGGUGUUGAUGAGCGACUACACGACAUCAUGGAGAACAUCCACAGCACUUGUGUCAAGUUUGGCACCUCGAAAGACGGCAGCUACGUCGACUACGUCAGAGGUGCUAAUAUUGGAGGCUUCAUUAAGGUAGCCCAGUCCAUGGUGGAACAGGGUGUGGUCUAAUGACGGAACAUAUUCUUUAAUUAGUAUUACAUAUAAAAUAUGGUCUUAGUAAAUGAAAAUGAGGUAAGAUAUUCGAUUGAUUAGAAAAUAGAAAAUAGCGAAGAACUGUCUCUAAUAAAUAGUACGAAUUACGAACUAGGUGCCUGAAAAGAAUCUAAAUAGAUAUUGUGUAGGAAUUUGAGGACACUUUCUUACAUGGUUUGAGCAUACGGCUCAAAAACGUGAUGACGAAUGAAUAUUUUAAAUAUAGUUUUAUAGCCUUUUCUCUGUGUAGGAUUUUACAUUCACUUUAUAAACCAGAAAAUGAAUUGAAAGUUAUGACACAUGGAGUUUUUAAGUUAACAGGCGGAAAAAAUUUCUGCAUGGCAAUGAAAAGUGAAUACCAAGUUGUUCCUAGUAUCUCGUUCUUAAAAUGAGAGAAGCCUGGUAAAGACUCCAGGAUCGAUGUGAUGUAAAAUAGCCCAAGACAAUAAAUAUAGGGUGCAUUUAUUAGCACUAAUACUUUAAUAAUAUCUAAUAUUAUUUUUCGUAUGAAUUUGUUGUGUUUCCGUGUAUUGGUUGAAUUUGAGAAUAAAAAAAGUGUUAAACAUUG